CUAGGUAAACAUAUCAUUUAGUUCCGUCUCUAUAAACUGGAGAAUCCUUCAGGCUAAUGCUUUUCAAAAUUUUUUGCUACAGAUGAGAGAAUUCCUACAGCUACUCAUUCAUCAUCCACGGAGCCAUUUACAGAAAUUUUGAGGCAUUUUGUCUGAAGUUUUCAAUUUCUUGCGUUCACCUCUGUUUCAAGGUGUGGCUUUGGGCUCCCUUCUCGAUUUUCUACAGGCAUUGGUCGAGUUUAAUGCACCUGGAUCUUGUCUUGGCUACCGCGAUCUAUUGAUGUUUAUGAUGAAUUUGGCGUCAAAACCUGGUCUUCACAAUACUGCUCAUCAUUCUGUCGCUCAGGCUGUUGCUUCAUUGGUUGUAACUCAACAAGUUUCUGAAGCUUUUACAUGGGUGCAGAAUUUCCUCCAGGAGGUUCAGAGACCUCAUCCUGAUUGGCAACACAUUUUUGCGCUCCUUUGUAUUGGAGAGAUCGGCAAACGAAUUGAUCUUAACCAGGUUCCAGGGUUAGGACAAGCAAUCAGCGAUUCUUUCGGCCCACCAAAAGAAGAAGUGAAAUCUGCAGCUUCGCACGCCCUCGGAUCUGUAACAGUUGAAAAUCUUUCAGGUUUCGCUUGCCCUUUAUUCUUACUCAGAUUGAAAAUCAAUCGCGGCGCCAGUAUUUGCUGCUCCACUCGUUAAAGGAAGUGAUUACUUCGCUAUCACUUGGAAUCGAGGCCAUUGCACAAUUACGUCCAUUUGUCCCAUGAAUUUGGGAUCUUCUCUUCCGUCACUGCGAGUGAAUGAAGAAGGAACACGCAAUGUUGUAGCCGAAUGUUUGGGAAAGCUUACGCUGACAGAUCCUGAGGGAUUGCUUCCACGUCUUCGAGCUGCUCUGAACUGCCCUUCUGCGUUGAUGAGAAGUACGAUCGUCACAGCAGCCAAAUUCAGAAUUUCCGAUCAAGUUCAAACCAUUGAUCCUCUGCUGAAGCAAUGCAUGGGCGAUUUUCUUUCUCUACCAAUCUAUAUUGAUAUAAUUGGAUGACGACUUGAAUGUGCGACGAGUGGUAUUCAUUGCGUUCAAUUCGGCAGCACACAACAAGCCUUCGUUGGUCAGAGACUUGCUCGAUUCCGUUUUGCCUCAGCUUUAUAAUGAAACUAAAGUUAGAAAAGAGUUAGUCCGCGAAGUUGAAAUGGGUCCCUUCAAGCACACGGUUGACGAUGGUCUAGACCAUGGUAAGGCCGCUUUCAAAUGCAUGUACACCCUUCUGGAUUCGUGUCUUGAUCGAUUGGAUGUUUUUGAAUUUUUGAAUCACGUUGAACUAGGAUUGAAAGCUCAUAACAAUAUUAAAAUGUUGACGUAUUUAAUGGUCGCCCGUCUAGCCAAUCUAUGUCCUACGGCUGUUCUUCAGCGACUCGAUCGAUUUGUCGAACAUCUACGAAAUACUUGCACCGCCAGAGUCAAGGCGAACGCUGUUAAACAAGAAUAUGAAAUGCAAAAUGAACUGAAGCGUUCUGCCAUUCGAGCUGUGACUGCAUUGCUGGUCAUUCCUGAUUUGAUUCGGAUAACAACCCACAACUCAACGAGUUCGUUCUGCAUAUUCGUUCAUCACCCGAUCUUCAGAUUCUUUUCGACUCUAUCCAGAAAGAUAGCUCCGGACAUCACGGAAAUGCUGCAGGAGUAUCCAGCGAAUUGAACAUGGAUUUAAGUUAAAGUGGUAUAAAACAAUGCAUCUAUUAAUGAAAGACAACCGAAUACAAAGGAAUGCUCUGA